CGGAUGAUACUUCAUCGCAGUCUGAGAUAAACUUUGAUCGUGUUCGGUUGGUAAAUCCUCGUCGCUUCGUGCUAGGCCAUUUAAUUGGGUGUUGAACAUACACACAGAGAUUCACGCAGACACACAUUUUGAGCGGGUCUUCAGGUUGACUACAGCUUUCCUCAGUCAUUUCCGUCCGUCGUACCUCGGUCGGACCCGUGGCCCCGUGUUGUCUGUCGCACAGCAGGCCAUUCCUAGAGGUUGGACGAAUCUCGGUAUCCUGUGGAUUGUUCGGAGUAAAUUGAAUGCAUUCUCGUGUCAGUAGGAGAAGCUGGGGUGUGCCGACUGCCAGUCGUGUAACCGUUGCAUUAUUCGGCAUGGUCGAUUCCGUGUCGUAGUGAGUUUCUCUGUGAAAGUACGCGGGAGCAUCAAGUGAAGAUGGAAAAAUGAAAAGUUGCUGUCGGUUUGUAGGGUUAGUAGUUUUUUACAAUAAAGCAGUGUGAUGUAAAAUAUUGCAGAAUAGUGCAGUUUAUUUGCAUCACUUCUUGCACCGCUAGCUGCAGGAGAUUAUAUGCCAACGCCAGUGACAAGGAAUGAGAUGGAAUGAUUAUAGUGAAGCAGUGUGAAUUAGGAAGAAGGUGGAUUUCCAUGCAUUGUGAUUAUGCUUAAAAUAGUUGGUAUGUGAGGCACCAGAUUAGAAGCUAGUAGUGGCCAAGUGUACGAAGAAUUUCAUUACCAAGUCAAUACUGAGAAGUGUUAUUCCAUUAGUGACAUGUGUUACUACUUUAAGUGAAAACAGCGAGAGAAAGUUGAAAUUACCAUCAUCAUUUGCACAGCAAGCAGUUUUAAUUGCUUCACGCAGAACCGCACAGUAUAACGUACACAUUUGUUAGGUUCCGGCGCUGGUGCAAUGCAAUGCAAUUCCAUCAGAAUGGUCGUUAUAGGGCACAAGUGGACUGAGCACACAUAUAGGUGCCAAGAGGAACAGGGAAAAAAGUAGCAACUGGUAGCUAAAUGUACCUUUUUCGACGACCUACUCACACCGGAAAACUGACUAUAAGCACCUAGGCUUCCACGGAAUAACGAGCUUUUCCGAGCACUUUUAACGGAUUGCUCCUUCUUAUGCCGACGGAACCAUAAGCCUGCCUUGUGGUAAAAGCAGAAGGAACAUUGUACAGUGGAGCAAAAAAUAUUCGCCUGUUGAACGCCUGUGCUCGUGAGACCUGUUAUAUCGGGCCACCUGUAGCCUCUCCCAACCGGAGUAAAAGUGUGAAGUUGGGUGUAUCCCAUAGAACUGCAAAGCACACUGAGCGGGCAGAAAAGCAAAUGUAAGACUCCCUACAGGCUACUGACAUCCUCCUUCUCAUAACACACAGGAAACAGUAGUGGAAGGCAGCAUUUGCGUGCGGAAACAACAGAACAGCCAUGGCCGUUUCAGUCGAAGAAGCGAUUUUCAACGCGCUGCGAGGGCAUCACAACGAGAAAACGAAGUUGCCGGCUCCGCGCAUUAUAAAGAUUUAUGUUGCAAGUUUGAAGGAAGACUUCAAAGAGGAGCGGCGGCUGUUGCUGGAGGUGAUUGGUCCUGAUUUACAGUCGGUUUACGAUGAUCGGCAAAUUGAGGUGGAGAUUGUCGACAUCCAUUUCGGUACCGGCAGCGAAAGCACCGUGGUGGAGUUAGAUCCCUACGUGCUGGACGAUCAUCUCUCGGAAAUUGAAACGUGCCAUCGGGUUUCCAAGAGCGUGUUUUGUAUUGUAUUGUUAGGAUCACGUUUAGGCAAUUUUUUACUGCCGACUAGACUGAGUUCCGAAGUCUUUACGGUACUUACUCAGCACUCAACAGCGACUGAAUGUGAAUGCCUUAGGAAGUGGUACCGGCAGGGCUCGGCGGCCGGAGACUAUAUCCUGCAAACACCGUUCAGGGCGAUGGAUCGUCAAGAAUGGAUCACGGAAAACCGGCAACUGCGAGACAUCCUGGAGAACAAAGUUGACAAGAUUCUGACGGCAUUUCAGGAUGGCGGUGGUGGUGGUGGCGGCGCAGAUUUCGGCGGUAGGCUUUCACUGUCAGGCGAAAUCAAAUUUAUCGAUAGCGAACGGUUUCGCGAUUAUCUUCAACGACUGAAAACCAGAGCACUAGAGCAGGAGAUUCAAAAAGCAUUAGCUUGCUCGAAGGAGAACAUGUUUGCGGUUUUUCGCAAAUGGGAAGCGGACGCUGAGAACGGCUUUCGGGACGAAGAUCGAAUCGAGCAAAUAGAAACGACCCUUUGCGAAGUGCUACCGGAGAGCAACCGAGAAGCGCUAACCGUUCCCUGGGCGGCGAAUGGCAGCAUCGACCCAGAUCUGCAGAGUCACGAAAACUACCUGAACCGGUUCAAAGGUAGGGUCUUCGAGAAGCUGAAAAAUACCAUCGAUCAAAGUUUGGCCAAAGAGCCCAACGGUGGAAAGGGUCGGAAAAAGACGGUACAGGAAAUAUUCUACGAACAUUCGACCCAUCUGUUGUACUUGAACGAGCACUUGGCAGCAAAAAAAUACAUAUCAUCAAAAGUCCCGGAACGGAUACGGCAGAACGUGCUGUUGAACUAUCGUGCCGGCAGUCGGCAUCCGCCAUACUUCAUUUACGGCGGUCACGGCAGUGGCAAGAGUAUUUUACUGUCGCACAUCUACUCGCAGCUAACCGACUGGUUCGAGCAUGUUAAAGUUCAUCGCGUGAUUCGGUACGCCUCGGCUACCCCCCGGUCCGCCUACAACUUGGAACUGCUGAGAGUCAUCUGUCAACAGCUGGCAAUUAUCCUCAACAUACCGGAAGGCUAUUUGCCGAAGGAUGCGUCAUUCGAUCCGCUCUACAUAAAUAAUUGGUUUCAGAACUUACUGAAACAUUGUGAGGACUUACACAACGAGAUAUUAUUUCUCUUCAUCGAUGACCUGCACAAGCUGAAUCCGUUGGACUGUGACAUCGUAGCCGCGCUUUCGUGGCUUCCAAUCAGUUUACCGUGGAACGUUUUUCUGGUCGUUUCGACCACUGUGCCAAUUGAAUCCCUCAAGCUUACACCUAUCCAGAAGGAGCGAUUCAAAUGUUUGGAUUAUUUCUUCGAUCUGUCACUGGAACAGAAUGAGACUUCCGUGCGAAAAGUUGAUGGCUGUCAAUCCUUCGAAGAGUACGUGAACAACAUCUUUGAUUCCAUGGAGCAACGCUUCGGAGUCAAGGGGUUCAGCAAACUGGCAAUUUACAUUACGUGCUCGGAGUACGGACUAACCGAGACAGAGUUUCUUGAACUGCUAAUGCCCACUGCUGACUCGGAGGCCCUAAUCGACUCGAGGGAGGGUGGCUUCAAUUUUUCCACCUUUCGCACCUUCAGAAAUGAGAUGAGGGCGCUUCUCCGGGAAAAACUAAUGUCCGGAAAGUUGCUGAUUGUGUGGCGACACAGUCUCUGCUCGGAUAUCACCAAAGUGCGCUACAUGACACCGGAAAUCUCCCGGUCUGUACAUUCGGAAAUAGUGAAUCUGUUUUUCCCGCCGGACAGCGAUGAAAGCGACGAGAUUUCCAGUGAACAGCAGAGCAGAAAAUCCAGUAUUCAAACGCAACAGGACGAUAAUGUUACGCAGAUCAUUACAUUAGGACCGGACAUUUCCUACAGUAUACGACAUGUGGAGGAAUCGUGGCAUCAUUUAAUUAAAUCCGACGACACGAAAAAGCUCAAAGAAAUUGCUGUAUGCAAUUUCGACUUUUUGCUGGCGGCUGUACAAACUGUGUCAAUUAGCUAUCUGCGAUGUUUAAUCGAGCACGUGCGUUGCUACAUCCUGGAUAGGGAUAUAGAGCUGGUGUAUUACACUAUCCGAAAGUCGAGUGAUGUGCUUACCCGGGACCCAAUGCAGUUAGGGGCACAGCUGAUAUCUUGGCUGAAAUCAGUGGCAGCCCACGAGGGUCCUCAAGCUCUGCUGAGCGUGACCGUUCAAUCGGCCACAGCUUGGUGCGAUGGCUACACCGUCCCGUUGUUGGUGCCGCUAACCGGUUGGCUCCCGUCGCCACUGCCAUCGCAGAUCCGUUGCAUGACCGUUCCCGGGCCGGGCCCGGUACGCUGUAUCGAAGUUUCACCCUCAAAACAGCACCUAAUCCUUUCGCCCAAAGUGGGUGAUCCCCAGCUAUGGCACAUUAUGAGCAACAGUCUGGUUCACACAUUCCGGGGGCACAGUGCUGCGGUGACGUUCAUGAAGGUACAAUCGCAGUAUCUGCUCACAGCCUCGGAGGAUACGUCCGUCAUCGUGUGGGACAUGCAAACACUAACGAUGAAAUUGAGAUUAUGUGAACACAUAGCACCAGUGAUCUGUGUCACAUUAGCACUGAAUAACAAAUACAUUAUCAGCGGCGGGGAUGACUCCAGCAUCAUCGUGGCACUGUUCGAAAGCGGAAAACUGGUUACUAGAAUAAACCACCACCGAGGGCCAGUAACGGGACUUCAUGUGGCCAUGCCAAGUGAAGUUUUGGUUACCUCCAGCCACGAUGCCACCGUGUGCCUGUGGUCGCUAGAAGAUUUUACUCUGCUGAACUGCAUCCAGUUGGCACAUCCGGUGCAUAAAAUUCAAAUUUCCUGUGAUUCGGUAUUUCUCCUAGCAUAUUGCAGUGAUAAUGGACUCUAUUUGCGAGCACUCGCCACAGGAACCGACUUGCAUGCCUUGAAGGGGCACAAAUCGAAGGUUCGAGCUCUUUGCAUCGCCAUGGACAGCCAGCGAGCAAUCGUGGGCUGCGACGAUGCUCGUGCCCAAAUAUACGAUAUGCAUUCCGGUCGAAUUAUUCGCUCCUUACCACCGAAUCCGGGCCCUGUAACUGCCGUUUAUGUCAUGGAGAAAGACGACUACUUGGUGACGGCCGGUGGAAACAAAAUUACCUUCUACUCAUUCCGUAACGAAGAUUCCGUCGCUAAUUUCUACCCUAAAAAGAAAAAGACCAUGAAGAAGUUUGCUAAAAGUCGAGCCGCCCUAGCGGCUACCUCCAGUCCGGUGAUCUGCUUCGACGUUUCUCGUGAUUCCACCAUGGCUGCAGUUGCGGCAAGCCGGUGCAUUCAAAUAUGGCAACUGAAUACGCCAGAACUGACGGCAAUCCUGGAAGGACACACUGGAACGGUGACUUGUUUAACGUUUGCGCCGAACUGCGAAUUUGUUGCUUCCGGUUCGGAGGAUAAGACUGUAAAUGUGUGGAGUCUGGCACUAGGGACGGUGUCAGUAUGUUUUAAAGGUCAUAACACAUUUAUUACGACUGUGACUUUUAUGAUGGACUCAAGACGAAUAAUUUCCGCCGAUCGUGAUAGUUGUCUCUUUGUGUGGAUGGCUGACUCCGGAACGAUCCUGCAGAGUGUCCAGGGCCCUUUCAAAUGUUUAGCCGUAACGAACAAUAUGAAGUUCGCGGUUUGUACUAACGGAGAUACAAGCUUACGAAUAUGGUCCCUCACGAGGGAGGAUGAAAAGUUUACGGUUUCGCAUUCCGGCGAGAUUACGUGCUUUGUGAUCACGGCUGAUUCGCUUUAUCUAAUUUCCGGAUCGAAGGAUAUGUCACUGAAGGUGUGGCAAGCAUCGGGAGGAAAAUUAGCUCAGGUACUGGUCGGACAUACGGAUGCUGUUACGUGUGUUGCCGUUUCGGUGACCAACAAAAGUCACAUUAUAUCAGGUUCGAAAGAUUCUAACCUUAUCAUAUGGGAUAUUCACACGGGUGAAGAGAUUCAUACGCUGGCAGGACAUUUAGCGCCAGUAACAUGCGUUAAAGUGGCAGCGGAUGGUUCUACAGCUGUUUCCGGUAGUGACGAUAAAACAUUAAUUGUAUGGGAAACCAAAAGGGGGCUAGCAUUAACAUCGCUCCAACUGCACGUCCAGUUUACUCGUUUUGAUAUUAGCCUAGAGUGUUCCAGAAUAGUAGUACAGCUGGUGGACAACUCCUGUCUUCCAAUAAUAUGCCUGCACAACUCUCCUGCCUCAUAUAUUAAACUUCCUACUUACUCAGCACCGGCGCGAGAUGUUGAAGAUUUGCGUCCAGCCGGACCGAAGCGACCAGCUCGACGGUUACUCAAAAAGGAAGUAUCUCUGGAUACCUACACCUGGCAGAAGAAGUAUGCUCAUCUGACUUCGUCGGUCAUGAUGGCCCAAGUGGACGAGAGGUUGAAGCGACGUUUCUCUGUGUCCGCCAGUAUGGAGGAGAUUUCGAAAUUAGCCGAAUCGAAAACCUUAGAAUCUCAGCAGAACCUUGGGCCCGAACAGGCCGCCCUCGCGCAGUCACAGCACUUUGAUCAGUUGGAAGCUUUGUGGAAUAAACGUUCACCACCGAGGCGACGAUUAAACGCGUCGCUAUCUCGCCAGUCAUCACUGGUAGAAGACCGCAUAGAUUCAUCUGACGAGGAUGAAUUCCUGGAGGAACGCGCAGACGUCCUAGCGGAUUAAACAAAUAUAUUCAUAACGUGCAAAAAAACUCACAUUCAUUGAGCGAAUUUCAGUUCAAGUGUAAACAUUCCAUGCCUAGAAUCUAUCAUCCAAGCGACGACAGCGCCACUGUGUGCAUCAAACCGUAUCACGCUACUUCAUCGGAAGUUUUUUCAAGAUUUAAGCUUUGCUACGUAGCGUAGCCCCCUGUGGUAUAUUAUUGUUGCUUUUUAACCAAAUAUCUACAGUCAGCCAGUUCGAUAUCUCACCUAUUCGCUAAACGCGAUUAUCGGUGAUUGUAAGUAUGCCGUGUUACGCAUUCCGUUCAACUGUCCUUCAGAAGAGAUUCUUGAGAAAUCCGCGCAUAUUUAAGACUACCGUAGUGAAACACGUUUACCGGAAGCUCACAAAACAGGCCGUGAAAUUAUGAACUGCUACUUGUUGGAGUUACCAUAGAGUUAAGACAACAAUUUACUUUUAUUGAAAAGGAUUUGAUGUUUUUUUCGACUGCUUGGAUUGAGGUUUAAAUGUUGAAAUUUGAAAGGUAAGAAAAGUUGGUUGAAAAACUUCAAUUCGAAACAUAAACAUGUCACUAUAUUAGGCUUAUCGAUAUUUUCAAAGAGUAUUCGGAAAGAUCAUUUCACGCACUCAAUGGCAAUCAUUUUGUGAAAGAACAAUUAAGCUACCCAUCGUUGUUAGUUCAUACUUAGACUAUAAAAGAAUGAAAAUCCCAUCGUUAAAAUAUACGUGUGCGGUAACAGUGUUUUUAUAUACUUGGUUAUCACACUGGGUUUUAAUUUUGAGCCCUUUGAUUUUAUUCGUCUAUUUAAAAAAAAAAAAUAAUUUUAUCCUGAUCCGAUGAUCAACCCAAAAAUCAUAGGAAACUAUUUAAGCAGCAACGUUAGUCACUAUUGAAUGUCUAAAGUUAUUUGACGUAGAUAAGCAACCAGGUAAGAACGGCUCCCAGAAGCACACAACCGGCUUACAACAUAAACAGUACUGUUGAUCGUAACAUACACCUACAAUAUUCCGAUAUUAGUGCCUCUAGAUGCAAUAACCAGGCACCAGAGAGCUAUGAGAGUGAAACAAAAGAAAUACAGCACAAUCCACAAAGCGAAGUACUUUAGUGAAAAACGAAUAGCCUCAAAAAAUGUUUGCUGACAGAAACAACCCAUAGUGAAUAGAACCAAAUGAUAGGCAUGUUUCCAUUCCAGCAAUAAAUGUAGCAAAUAAUCAACACAAACAGCUAAAUACAGAAUGAUGAUAAAAAUUAUGACAACUGAAUGUAAAAAUAACAAAACGUCGGCUAUGUCGUUUGUUAAAUGUAGUAAAUACCUUCAAUAACGAAAAAUUAAAAAAAAAAAAACAACACCCUUCAAUUGAUUAUCGCCGUAGCCUGGUAGAAUAAUCCAAAAAAAAUAUGUGAUCUGAUUUUAAUUGAUAGGAGCGAAUAUUAAUGUACGAGUGUAGUAGUAAAAAGAACAAAAAAACGUAACAGAAAGUAGUUCCGUAGUAAACCGUUUUCUAGCACCGACAAUCAUUUAGUCUGUUGAUCCUUUUCUAAGUGCAAACUACAUUGGUACAAGUUGUUAUUCUCCUAAACCGUGGUAGACUGUAAAGAGUAGCGUGAUAAGAGUGCAGUACCUCCUUUCUAUAUACACUACAACGAAAGAAUGGCGACAUUGAGUCAUUACUUUCUGUUGAUCACCAAGCGCCUCCAUUGUUUCAAUCAUCAUAAUAUUGUUGUUAAUUCCAAAUGUCAGUUAUCUUCUUUAUAAUUCAAUUUAGAUUACUAGGGGUAUAAUCUGCGAAAUUGGGACUUCAUUCACUUGAUCUGAGCAAUGUUUUAUUGUUUGUACACUGAUAACGAAUGCUGUCAUUCCGUUGUGAUAUUCGCCGUUCCCAAUCGCAGUAGUAAAUCAUUUUUUCCGCUUCAAAUGAAUCCACUUUAAGUGCCGUUUGGCGAGUUAGUUGAUUUGUUUUCAAGCAGUCCUUGAAUUCUCUAUAAGUGCGACUUACAUAGGAGCAAGUCAUGUUUACUCAAUCGUUUUGUAGUUCUGAGUCAUAAAUUAUGAAUAAGUAUUGAUUACAUUUUUUUCAGCCCUGUAAAAGUUAUUUCAUACCUUCACGUGAAAAAUCAACUAAACAUACACAAAGCGAAUGUUUUAUGUCGUGGAUACACUUUAAUGUGGUAGAGAAACAAAACAAAACAAAUAUGGUAAUUAAAAGCAUCCUGCAAGCCCAAACAAUUA